GAUAUAAAGUGGAACCGACCCCAUGCACUUCUCCAUUCCUCUCGCUCUCCGUCGCUCUCUCUAUCUCGCCGUCACUCGCUCUCUAUCUCUCCGUCUCAGCAGUGUCUGUUUGUUAGAGCAGCAUGUCUUUCAACAGCAGUAAGCGACAGACCACCUUCACUAGCCAAACCGUUGCGGCCUCAACCAGGCCUGCCGUUCAGCACAGUUACGGCGUCACCCACGUCUACAAGGCCGGGAAUGCCAUAGGAGGUGUGAAGGUGGUGGGGGGGCACUUUUCAAGCUCUGGGGUGCACGGGGGUUCGUUAGAUCACGGGUACAGGGCUGGAGGAUGGAGCAACAGGCUGGCUGUGUGCCCCCCUCUCCUCACAGCCGUCACCGUCAACAAGAGCCUCCUGACCCCCAUUACCAUGGAUAUUGACCCAAACUACCAGCACGUCCGCACACAGGAGAAGGAGCAAAUCAAAGUCCUGAACAACCGCUUCGCCUCCUUCAUCGAUAAAGUGCGUUACCUGGAGCAGCAGAACAAGAUGCUGGAGACCAAGUGGAGUCUCCUGCAGGACCAGACCACCUCCCGCUCCGGCAUCGAUUCCAUGUUUGAGGCCUACAUCGCUAACCUGCACCGCCACCUUGACACACUGGGUCACGAGAAGGGUCGUCUGGGAGGAGAGCUGCACAACAUGACAGAUCUGGUGGAGGACUUCAAGCAAAAAUAUGAGGAUGAGAUCCACAAGCGCAAUGAGUGUGAGAAUGAAUUUGUGAUCAUUAAGAAGGACGCGGAUGCAGCCUACAUGGCCAGAGUUGAGCUGGAGGGAACACUAGACAACCUAAAUGAUGAGGUCCACUUCCUCAGGAGGCUCUAUGACAUGGAACUGCAAGAGCUGCAGUCUCAGAUCAAGGACACAUCAGUGGUGGUGGAGAUGGACAACAGCAGGAACCUGGACAUGGACUCCAUUGUGGCUGAGGUCAGAGCCCAGUAUGAGGACAUUGCCAACCGCAGCCGAGCUGAAGCUGAAACCUGGUACAAACAGAAGUAUGAAGAGAUGCAGGUUUCUGCCACUAGGCACGGCGAUGACCUGAGAUCCACCAAAACUGAGAUUGCUGAGUACACUCGCAGAGUCAACAGGCUUCAUUCAGAAAUUGACGCCAUCAAAGGACAGCUGAAACAGAUGGAGACGCAGAUAAUAGAGGCAGAGGAGCGCGGGGAGCUGGCUGUGAGAGAUGCUCGUGCUCGACUCAAGGACGUGGAGGAUGCCCUCCAGCGUGCCAAGCAGGACAUGACAAGGCAGGUGCGCGAGUACCAGGCCCUCAUGAACAUCAAGCUGGCGCUGGAUAUCGAGAUCGCCACCUACAGGAAGCUGCUGGAAGGAGAGGAGAACAGAAUGGUGCAAGGCAUCCAAGCCAUCAGUUUCUCCAGGCAAACAUCCGAGAAAUACAACUCAUUCCCUUUGGAGACCUCAGGUGUGACCCUUGACCUCCAUCCCCGAAGUCUGAUUGGCCCUGAGAGCAGCCACAGCUUUAGCUCCUCCUCCACCUCCUCCAAACACACCAUAUUGACCAAGGACAUCAAGAAGAGCCCUACAGUGGAGACAGUGGAGUGGGUGGAGACAGCUGUUCAGAACGGAGCGGCAGAGGAGUAAUCAUUGUGUUCAAAAACGAAUCAGGAAAUUAAGGAACAACUACUCAUACAUGUUCAUGCUUCCAAAUGUAUUGGGUGUAAUAGUUCUGUAUGUUGCUAGGGUUGUAAUAUCAUAUCAGUAGCAGCAAUUGUCAAAGCUGGUUAUUGUCAGUGCUCAAAAUCUUCACAACAUUUUGAAAUGGGGCAAAACCAAAAAAUUAGGUGUCACUGUUUUAAAAUCAAUAAAUCCCCCAAUCCCAUUUUAUUCAUUUACAUUUGCAUUUAUUCAUUUACAGAUUUUAUUUUUUUAAUGUAAAGCAACUGACAAGUGAAUACAAUGCGUCAUCAUUCUUUCCCAUAUAUUUUGGCUCUGAGUAGUCGUCUAUUUAGAAUUAUGUUUUAAGGACUUUUGCAGUUUUGUUUGUGAUACAGCUCACUACAUUUACAAAUUUGACAUUACAAGAACAGGCUAUGAUAUUCCUCCUUUUUGGGGUCCCUCAUUACACACUCUGACAUUCCUUAUCGGAACUAAAAGACAGUCCCCACUUAGUUAGGUGUUGGUUCUUGGUGGGAUCUGUCAUCACACAUUACACUGUAAGGUUGUCUAUCUGUGUGGAAAGGAAAGGCACUACAUACAUCACAAAUAGACAUCAUUGAGACACCUAGAGAAUCUUUGAUUUAAGACGACCAGGCAAAAGUCGCGUAUUUUUAUUUAGCGAUGUGGAGUCAAUGUAAUUUGUUAAUGUCUACAUGUAUUUUUAUUUAGUGAUGUGGAGUCAGUGUAAUUUGAAAAUGCCUCAGUGUGAUUUUCCUUGUGUUUCAGAGUCUUUGUCCGACCCUAGUCAGUCUGAUGUGUCUGCGUAUAUAAGCCCACUUUAUUUGCCAUUCUGUAUCAGUGUCUGAAUGCCUGUGCUUGUGUGUUAAUAAAUGGCAAGAAAGCCGAAGAUA